AUGAAGCGGCUGGUGCUGAGUGCUGCUAUAAAGCUCGAGCCGCAGAGCCGCUGCCAGUUCCUGAUUCCUGGAUUGUCGAGAGCCCUGCGGGCUAAAGGGAGGUGCAGCCCCAUCGAGCAAGGCAGAGCCCGAGCCCGAGCCUGGUGCUGGGACACCCGGGGCCAAGCCCCCACCCCACCACCUGCCAUGAAGCCCCGAAGUCUGGGCACAGCUGCCCUGCGGCUGGGUCUAGGGCUGCUGCUGCUGCUGGCCACAGGUACAGCACAGGGCACCACCACUGCCACUGGUGGCACCAACACGACCACCCCGCCCCCCAGCAGCACGACUACCCCGCCCUCAACCAACACGACCACCCUGCCCCCCGGCAACACGACCACCCUGCCCCCAACCAACAGGACCACCCCGCCCUCUGGCAACACGACCACCGCACCAUCAACCAACACGACCACCCUGCCCCCCGGCAACACGACCACCCUGCCCCCCAGCAACACGACUACCCUGCCCCCAACCAACACGACCACCCCGCCCUCUGGCAACACGACCACCGCACCAUCAACCAACACGACCACCCUGCCCCCCGGCAACACGACCACCCUGCCCCGCAGCAACACGACUACCCUGCCCCCAACCAACACGACCACCCCGCCCUCUGGCAACACGACCACCCCUCCCCCAACCAACACGACCACUCUGCCCCCAACCAACACGACCACCCCGCCCUCUGGCAACAUGACCACCCUGCCCCCAACCAACACGACCACCCUGCCCCCCGGCAACAUGACCACCCUGCCCCCCGGCAACACGACCACCCCGCCCUCUGGCAACACGACCACCCUGCCCCCCGGCAACACGACCACCCUGCCCCCAACCAACACGACCACCCCGCCCUCUGGCAACACGACCACCCUGCCCCCAACCAACACGACCACCCCGCCCUCUGGCAACACGACCACCCUGCCCCCAACCAACACGACCACCCCGCCCUCUGGCAACACGACCACCCUCAACACUACCACCCUGCCCCCCAGCACCUCCACUACCACCCGGGCCCGGAUCUAUUUCUUUCUCUCGUUCCGCAUUGUGAACUGGAACUUCAACGACUCCCUUCUCAACCCCAGCACCAGUUACUACAAGGAAUUAUAUUCCAAAAUCCAUUUCAUGUACCGCAGUAUCUACGGCUGCCCAACGUGCCUGAAUGGGCAGAACUACCUGGGAUUUACUGAUCUGCGUUUCAGCCCGGGCUCGGUGGUGACUGAGUCCGUCCUGCAAUACCAAGUGAGCAACACCAGCAUCAGGGCCACCGACAUUGAGCAGCAGCUGACACAAAGGCUGGACAGCCAGAACAGCUUUGGUGGACUCCAGCUGGACAAUAUCCGUGCCAACUCUGGCAGCAAUCCCCCAGCCACCACAGCACCAGCUCCCCUGGUGCCUGGCUGGGGCAUCGCCCUGCUGGUCCUGGUCUGCAUCCUGCUGGUGCUGAGCAUCCUCAUCUUCAUCCUGCUGAUCGUCUGCUCGUGCCACAGGAGGAGCCGUGGGAAGCUGGAUCUGUUCAGCUCACAGGCCUCGUACCAGCCCAUGAAUGAGUACCCCACCUACCACACCCACGGGCGCUUCAGUGCCCCCGGCAAGAAGCAGAAUCCUUACAGUGAUAUCGCCGCCGGCAACGGCACCAACGCCUUCUACGCCAACCCUGCGACAUCAGACAAUCUCUAGGGGCACUACCCCGAGGACCAGCAGGAGCAGAGCUCUCAGCAUCGCCACCUGCUUCCUGCAGCUGGACUCCAGGGUGCUGGGUGGGGCUGACAAGGCAGGGGUUUCCUGCACUGGGGAGGAGGGGGUUGCAUUCAAAGUGUGGCGGGGUGAGGGAGGGUGACUGCUCCCCCCACCCUGCAACCCCUGGCCCUGGGUUUGGGCCAUGUGAGGGCAAGCACUAAUGGGGCAAAUUCCUAAUGGGGGACAGUAAAGGGGCUGCCCCAUAUAUCCCCCCCACCAGCCAGCCUGGGCAGUGCAGGGAAUAUGACAAGGACUCUCCAGGGGAGCCCCUCAAUACUGCCCCAAGCUGUGUAUGGGGCGUGUCCCCUGCU